UGUCAACAGCUCAAAACAUGUGUUUUGGUGUUUCGCGACCCUUUAAGGUGGUUAGGGUUGUGUUAGUUUUCAAUAUGUGUCCCUUAUGCCUGAGCUAGAACACCAAUCAUCAUUUGAAGUGACUGGACUACAAUCGGAUAGCCACAGAUAUUGAUUUAGACUCGUUAGUUUGUAGUUAGUGUAUAAUUUAUUUUUAAUCCUGUCACCAUCCACUGCCAUUAUAUGAAUCACCAAAGACCAUGCAUUCAGCUCAAAAUCUACUUUAAAGUUCCACUGGAGAAAAACAGCCCAGCUAUAUAUUGGAUGGCCUGCGAGUGAUUAGAUUAAAAGGAGAUGAUCAAUUUUGGGUGAACUAUCUCCUUAAGCUGUUUUGAUGUGGAAAAUAUAAGUCAUUUGAUUGAUCCUGAAGAUCAGAUUUGAGAGGAUCUGACAGCAGAUGCUCACUAAUGAGUUCAGAUGAUGUGAAAUGUGGCAGUUUUGCAGCAGAUCUAUUGCACAACUUUGGUGCGAUGUGCAAGUGGCCCUCAGAUUAACUUUUAUUGUUGCAGUAAUUAGUAUUCAGCGCCAUUCAGAAAACCCCCUUUCUCUCUCUCUCUCUCUCUCUCUCUCUCUCUCUCUCUCUCUCUCUCUGUUUACUGCACAGUUAGUGAAGCUUAUCUCCUGGCAACCACAAUUAAAGUACACCAAGUCAGCAGUGGCAGAGAAACGGCUGUGAUAAAACACUAGAACACCUCCAGCAGAGACGGAGAGAGACAUAUAGAAAAACAGGCAGGCAGACAGACAGACAGACAGUCGAGUGAUUGAGCUGCUGCGCACCUGAAGAGCCUCAGAUUGAGUGCAGAGGAAGCGAGAGCGACAGGUGAAGCUCCGCUGCACAGAGUCUGGGCUCCAUCGACAGGAAAGGAACGCGACAGAGAAGGACUGAAUCUGGGAUUGUGAAACUGACCCAGCGACUCUCUCUGAAGGACAAACACUGCAGUAAAGAGGACAGGAGUCUGCAGUCCAGACCUCCGGCCUACAGGAGGCGCUCUCUCAGCGUGGACUGGGCCGAAUCCAAAAUGACUCAACAGAUUCCAGACCCUCAUCCUCUGAUUGCACGGAAAUACAGCACAUCAUGUUCGUCUCCACCGAGCGCAGCGCGGCGUCUCUACAGGAACCUGUCGGGGAAAUUCAGAACAGCAAACCUGGUUUUGGAUGAUACGACACUCCCGGGACAGUCGGACAAAGAGCAGUCACACAAAACCACCAUGUUCCAGGGUAACGAGGCUCUGUUUGAAGCGGUGGAGCAUCAGGAGCUGGACGUGGUGGAGUCUCUGCUGAACACCUUCAGUCUGGAGGAGCUGGACUUGAACACACCCAACAGUGAAGGCCUGCUGCCGCUCGACAUCGCCAUCAUGACCAACAACGUGCCCAUGGCCAAACUGCUGCUGAGAGCCGGGGCCAAAGAGAGUCCCCACUUUUUAAGUCUUGAAGGUCGAGCUGCUCACCUGGCUUCUCUGGUGCAAGAGGCAGAGCAUCGUAUAGCAGAGCUGGUUGCCCAGGUGACAGGGGAGGAGCCUGGAGAGAGGGAGGAGUCAAACAGAGAGAGACAGCUGAAAUCAUGGGAAUGGAAGCUCCGCCUCUAUAAGCGCAUGCAGACGGGAUACACACAUGCCAGUCCUCCCGAACCUCCCAGUGACGUACAUCUGUGUGUCAGCAGUGGCACCAGUCUCAGAGUUUACUUCCAAGAGCCUCUAUGUCACAAUUCGGCUGUUAUAACCAAAUACCGCGUGAGCUGGAGCAGUGUUUCUUCAUUUAGCCCUUUGCUGGGUGAGACGGUCAUUGAAGACGUGACUCAACUCCAGUAUGACAUCACAGGACUCGCUGCGGGCACAGGCUGUUAUGUCCAGGUCUCAGCAUAUAAUAUGAAGGGAUGGAGUUCACCUCAGAUAUCAGAACCUGCUUGUGCUACACCCUCCAGUUGGAGGGAGGUGGAUGGUCUUCCCCCCCGCCAGCAGGGUCUGAAAGAGGCGUUAGAGCAGCUCCUGGGGCAAAUUAAAGGGGCGCACCGUCACUGCGCAUGCCACGAACAAAUCAAAGCUCCGUCGAACACCAGAAAACAUUCUGUCUCUAAAAGUCUGCGGCAUCUCUUCCAGCCCACCAGCAAAUUUGUCAAAAACCUGAAAAGAGGUCUUUAUCUAGCCUGUAUAUUUUAUCAAGAUGAAAACGUUCUGGUGACUCCAGAGGAUCAGCUGCCGGUUGUAGAGGUGGACGACUCCUUCAGCUGUCACGCACAGGAUUUACUCUGGUUCACAAAGGUGUGUCACCUGUGGGAGGAGUUGAGCUGGAUGCAGCAGUGUAUCAGUCCUGCUCACGCCUGCAGCUCCUGCACACUUCAGACACGCCUCAAACUGCUGCAGGCAGCGGCACAACUACAGGCUCUGCUGGGCACGGUGGAUCUGGGACAGGUGUAUUUCGAGCCCAUUAAAGACAAGCACGGUAAUGCAGUGCUGGUGCUGCUGAAGGACAUGAGUGCGUGUGCGCCGCUGGAGGGACUGCGCUGGAUUCCUGUCAGUAAAUUCCAGCUUCAGCGAAGGUCUUCCUCGUCUUCAUCAGAAGAGCCCAGCGCACUGGAGACGCUCCUCUCCACACUGCACGAGAAGCUGUCGUAUCACCGGCGCAGCAGGAAGUGUCUGCCUCCAGGUCUGUAUCUGGGUUACUUGAAGCUCUACACCUCAGUGGACCAGAUCCGAGUCCUGGUGUCACACAAACACCCAAACGUGCUCUGCCACGUCAAGAUACGAGACAACGGCCACGUCUCCAGGGAGGAAUGGCAGUGGCUUCAGUCACUGACUUCACUGGAGGACAGCGCGAAGGUGUGUGAGGAUGCUCAGAGUGCUCCGCAUCGCCUCCUGCUGGACUUACGAACCGCCGCCAAAGAGUUACUCGCAUACGUCAACAUUCCCAACCAGCAGGCGCAGGACUUCCGUGUGUAUGUGAAGGAGGUGGUGGAGCUGGGUGAAGGAGUCUCAUUCCUGCUACUGCUGCCGCCCUGUGAGGAGGUGUGUUCACCACCGGGACAAAACCACCUGUGCUCACCGCGCUCCAGCUUCUUCACUCUACCACUGCAGAUCUUUGAACUCGUUCAUUUUGAGUCAUACUCGCCCAGUUUCAUCUCACUGUACUGUCAAGUGUCGGCUCUGCUGGCUCUGGAGUCUCUGAUGUCUCAGCAGUCUCUGCGCGAGGCUUUCUCCGAGUCCGAGCUGUUCUCCGCCAAGCAGAAACACCAGCAGGUGGAGGAGUAUCUGCAGCAUAUGGAGGAGCUGUGGCGUGAUGCGCGGUGGAUGGUUAUUCUCCAGUCUGCCCGAUACAAACAUCAGAGUUCUGGAGUGAGUUUGGCCUGGAUCAUAGACUUCACUAAGGAAACCAUCCCAGAGAAACCAGCCUCCACUUCCUCUCAGGUGGACUUCCUGCCCUCGCCGAGCCCUUCGCCGGAGAACACACGCAAACACACCGAUUCUCAUUUGUCGGAUGAAGACAACACCUCUGAUGUGUUUCUGACCACCGACAGCAGCGAGUACAGCUCCAGCGUGACCCCGAGCACCAGAGAGCUGGAUCUUCUUCCUCCGUCUCCCUCCAGCUUCAGAUCUCCUCCAUCAUCCUCGUCUCAGUCCUCCCCGCGGUCUUCUCAGCCAGACGUCCUGCAGCCAGUGAGCCGCCGUGAGCACAUCAGUGUGUUGGACAGCGACUUCAUCCUGCCGAGUCGUCAGAUCGAGCUCUUACGUGUGACAGAGAAGAGGACAGCUCUCUGCGUUCGCACCAGCAGCCUGGAGUACCCGCCGACCACGCCCACACACACCGCCUCCUCUAAUCAGAUGCGCUGGACACGCCCCUCCUCUUUUGAUCUGUGUUUCUCUGCCCCCGAGCCCCGCCCCUCACCAGUGCGCACUCUAUCAGAGGACAGCGGCGUGCAGAGACUCUCCGACCCCGCGGCCGGGUCUCCGCACAGACAGUGUCACAGCACACUGAGAGUUUACCCACAAUACCGCACCGGUUUACCCAAAGACACCAGCGUCAAAUUGCGUGUGACUCCAGAGACGUGUGCUGCAGAGCUGGUCCGUCUGGUGGUUCAGGAGAUGAACGCAGUGUGUCGUCACCUCCAGAAGGCCACUCAUCAGUGCUCGUGUGCAGCCGAUCAGUGUGUGCCCUCUGACGUGUGUGUGUACAGCGGCGAGCAGCUCCAGCAUUUCGGCCUGGUUCUGCUGGUGGAGGGACGAGAAAAGUGGCUGCAGGACGAUUUCUGCCCGCUUACACUGCAAAACCCCUGGACACGCGGGAAACUCUGCGUCCGCUUCAAGGAGUAUUCACCACUCGCACUGCAGUACAGCAGAGCCACCACUGUCUGACCUGUAAAUACACACACACACACACACACACACACACACACACUGGAUCAUGGGCUUUUACUACUGGAGGUUCACGGUGAGGUGCUUCAUCUGCACUAUAGUGAGGUUAUUCUUUAUAAAGUCACUGUAUUUCACUGUCUUUAUAGGAAAAUCACUAAAAGAGUUGGUCAAACAGAAGUGAACACUGUUUCUGUUGAGCACAUAAGGAGAUAUUUUGAAGAAUGGUGGAAAAUGGUAAUCAUAACAGAUGAAAACAAAGAGUUGGUCAAACAGAAAUGAACACUGUUUCUGUUGAACACAAAAGAAGAUGUUGUGAAGAAUGUUGGGAACCUGUAACUAUAUCACUGUGGUGUUAUGAAUUUAUUUAAAUAUAUAAUUUAUGUUUUACAUUGUAGGAUGCACUCUGAGGGACCAGGUCUGACUGCCUAUGUGUGAAAUAUAGUAUCAUGUCUCUAAAGUAAUACAAAUUGUGGGUUCGAUGCACGGCUGUGCCAUUUAUCAAACGAAUGGCCGGGUGAUGCUUUCAGGCAAGACACAGAAACUAGAUUGGCAUUGAUUUUUCAACUAAACUUGUAAUGGCAGUGUUUGUUUCUACUAAUAAGCACUGCCCCCUAAGCUGUGUAUUUAAGUGAAUGCCAGGCUGCAGAGGUUUCGAUUUUUCGAUGAACGACACGGCGAUGGCGAGUUCUCAUUAAACGAUUCUGCUUUGAAGAUA